AUGACAUCAAAUAUUUCUGAUUUUUCUUCUUUUUUUCCUUCUAUUAAAUGGAUUUAUGUUGAUGGAACAAAUUCAAAUUGUUGUGCUAUUAUAUCUGAAUGGAUUUUUCAUUCAAAAAUUCUUCGUUUUGUUAAUUUAAAGAAGAUUAUUCUUAAACAAUGUUAUUUAACGAUAAAAUUGAUUGAAAACUUAUCAUUUCUUAUUCAAUAUCAAUUGGAUGUAUUCAUUUUUACGUUUGAUGAAGAUAUAUUUGAAUUGAUUCGUUAUGAAAGAAGAUCUCGAAUAAUUCAUCAUAAUGAAGAUUCAAAAUUUAUGUUUAUGUCCAAAAAAUUUCUACGUGAAUUGUUUUCUGAUAAAUGUCAGUUAACAUCUCUUGAACUUAAUAUACCAAAUGAUCAUAAUUAUAAUGGUAUUCAUGAAUGUCUUUCAAUAAACAAUCCAGUUAUUAUUUAUUGUAUCACUCUUCGUCAUUUACAUAUUCAUUUAAUUUAUGGUUAUUUUCUUGAAAACAUUAUUACAUAUGUACCUGCUCUUCAAACUCUUUCAGUUACAUUCAAAGAUUCGUUAAUGCAAAAACGGUUAUACGAGCCGAAGAUGAAACGAUUCAUAUCAAUUAAUUUCAAUUGGUAUGAAAAGAUGCCAAAAUUAAAAUCUUUCAGUUUAAAAAGUACUAUAUUGAAUAAAUGGGAAUUAAAUUAUUUAAAAUGGAUAAUUAAUAAUGUAUAUCACGUUGAAAAGUUAAAAAUUCGUUUAGUUAUAAAAAAUGAAACGAAUGAAAAUAAUUUUAUUAAUAUAAAUUAUCUUCGUAAAAAUAUAAUGCCUGAUAUAUUAA